GAAGUGGAACUUCUUGAAAACAAAGCAAAGAAAGCAGAAUUCAAUAAACACACGCUACUCUCGUUUCGUUUCUUUCAUCAUUCCUCGAAAACCUUAGCUAAAUCUGGAACCUGAAGAAGAAAAAGAAGAGAGAAAAUGUAUGUGGAUCAUGCAUUCUCGAUUUCGGAUGAGGACAUAAUGAUGGAGACAUCGUACACGGUGAGCAACAAGCCCCCUAUCAAGGAGAUCGCUCUCGCCGUUUCUCUUCUCGUCUUCGGAACCCUAGGCAUCAUCAUCGGUUCCCUCAUGGCCUACAAUCAUGUUGGCGGCGACGCUGCUCACGGUCUCUUCUUUGCAAUACUGGGAACAAUCUUGUUCAUACCGGGUUUCUACUAUACGCGGAUUGCAUAUUAUGCUUACAAGGGAUACAAAGGGUUCUCUUUUUCUAACAUACCUCCCGUAUAGCUAGCUGUCUCAACUAGUAUCCUUAUCCUCAUAAUCAAUCAUCCAGCUCUGAUAUCUAUUUUUACUGUUUCCAUUAGUGGAUUGUGAUAGUUAAAUUUGCUUUACAAGAUAAGAUCACCUCUCUUAUUGGUGUCCACCUCCUCUUCCUUUCCCCAUAGCAAAGGCUGUUAUCAAUAAUAGAAACAUGAUUUGGGAACCUUUUCCCUUUCUUUUCACUUAUUUGAUAUUUUUACUUGGUUAAAAUUAAAAAAAAAAAAACUCCCAUCGUCUAUGGGGGUCAUGUGCAAAAAUAAAAUCCUGUGCAUAUGCUGAGGGUCGGCCUUUAAUGAUUAAAUAUGCACAUUUUGUGAGUCAAGGAAUUGUAAGUUGCUUCUGUCUUGUAAGUCGAGGAAUAAAUAUGCACUUCUGUGCACCUUGCGGACCAAGGGUAUAAGUUUUUUUAUGUUCAAGUUGCUUCAGACUUGUAAGUUGUAGGGGCAUGAAGUUAGAUAUUGGGUCUAAUAGGUAUGAUUGAGGCAUUUUCUCCCCGUUUGAUAAAAGGGUAUGAUUGGGACCUGUAUAUACCAUUGCC